CAAGCAAUGUUACAACCUCCCUUCCCGUCACUCAAAGUUAAGAUGCUGAGCUAUAUAGAUACACAUUAUUAUCAACAAACCUAUGCUACAAAGACAAAGGUGAUCAAAACAAAACAUAACAAUAAAAGAAGGUAAAACGAGGUUGAAUACGCGAUGGACAUAAAUUUAGAAAUAGAUGAUGAUACUAAGAAUAACGAUGAACAAAAGCUUCCACUCCUGCGAAAUGUUGAGGUUCCGGAAGCAGAGAGGACCCUGAUACAGAAAGCCAUAAGCCAAACAUUUCAGAGCACAGCACAUUUGGCAAACCUUCUACCAACAGGAACUGUCCUUGCUUUCCAACUUCUGUCUCCAAUUUUUACAAAUGUUGGCAACUGUGAUUCUGUCAGCAAGUCGAUGACUUCUGCACUUUUGACUAUCUGCGGUGUCUGGUGCUUCCUGGUAUGUUUUACUGAUAGCUUUAGAGAUAGCAAGGGGAAUAUUUGUUAUGGAUUUGCCACAUUCAAGGGCUUGUGGGUCAUUGAUGGAUCAACAAAACUUCCACCUCAAGUUGCUGGAAAAUAUUGCCUAAGGCUUAUAGAUUUAAUGCAUGCAGUGAUGUCCAUUUUGGUAUUUGCAGCAAUUGCUUUAUUUGAUCAGAAUGUGGUGAAUUGCUUUUUUCCAGAACCAUCACAUGAGAUACAGGAAAUCCUCACCGCAUUGCCUGUGGGAAUUGGCGUUCUUUGCAGCAUGCUUUUUGUUGUAUUUCCUACUGAGAGACAUGGAAUUGGCUUCCCCCUUUCAACUAAUUAAUAACUGGGAUUUUUAUUUUUAUUUUUAUUUUUUUUAUGUUCAUGGUUGUAUCAAUGGUUGUAUCAGAUUUCAAUAAUUUAUUUGAUUAAUGAAUUAUUGUGUUGGGAACAGAUUAUAUAUAUUCAA